UCGAACUCGUUCACAACUGUGCGACACAGUUGCAAAGUGAUGAUGUUUACGGUGUAUGGGGGGUGAGAAAAACGCACAAGUCAGAGCAGAAAGAAGAGUGGGAGAAGGUAACAAAACUACAAAUUAAAACUCGUGUCUUAAACACAUUUUAUUCGCGUAUGUUAGCGAAUGUGGAAAAAAAAAUCGUUGUUUUUAGUCGUACAACGCACAGUUAAGUUAAGUAAAAAUAUAUUAAAUCGCACGAACAACCGCCGAUACCCCUCCCCAAAACGCACACAGCAGCAGCAACCACAACAACAACAACAACGACAACGACAAGAGCAGCAACAGCAACAACAACAACAACAAUAACCAAAAAUUGAGGAUGAACAACGGAUUCAGCACCGGCGAGGAGGACUCGCGGGGCGGUCACACGGACCAAACAUGCUGCCUGAUCGAUGAUAUGGAACGUUGCCGCAACCAGGCUGGCUACGCCAGCUACAGUAAACGCAUCCAGAAAACUGUCGCACAGAAGCGGCUCAAACUGAGCAGCGAUCCAAGUGCGCAGCACAUUUACAUAUGCGACUAUCACAAAGAGCGCAUUCAAUCGGUGCGAACGAAACGUCGACGCAAGGACAGCGAGGACGAUAGCAACGAAACGGACACGGAUCUGCAUGAAUUUCCCGAUCUAUAUCAGCUGCAUGUGUCCACGCUGCGUCGUUAUAAGCGUCACUUCAAGGUGCAGACGCGACAGGGCAUGAAGCGUGCGCAAUUGGCGGAUACCAUCAUGAAGCAUUUCAAGACAAUACCCAUUAAGGAAAAGGAGAUCAUAACGUUCUUUGUGUACAUGGUCAAAAUGGGCUCCAAUAAAUUGGAUCAGAAGAAUGGCAUUGGCAAUGAUACCACUUGAACGCAACUCUGACGGCUGCCGCGCUAUCGUUAUCGUUAUCGCUAUCGUUAUUGAUGCCGGCUGCUGAAUACUAGCGCUAGCUGUCCUGCUCACACACACACACACACACACACACAGUGAAAUCGAAUUAGCCGCAUUUGCAGUCAGUUUUCUCUUUUAACUUAAUUUUUGGCUAUUUUUUGGAAUAUGAAUAGUAUGCUUUUCAUGGUUUUCGCUUUUAUAGAAAACUUGUGCUAAUACGUAAAUUAAAUUUAAUACAUGUAAAUUCUCAAGAUAUUUUUUACGCCUAAUUCGGCUUCACUGUACUACGUCAGCGGUGUCCACUUACCAAAUGCCCUAAUAGCCCACACAUCGACAAGCACACACACACAGAGAGAGAGAGAGAGAGAGAGCAACACCACGAUCAUAUGAAUUGUAGAAGCGGUCGCAGCAACAACAACAACAAAAACACAACUGGUGCUCCCAAAAUAGUAUAAACGAGAAUAUUGCAAAUGAAGGAAAAAAGGAAAAUAAUAAUAACAGCAGCAACAGCAAAAUUGAAUAGUAAUUGUAGCGUUCAUUGUUAAUAGAUCUUUAUAGAAAAAGAAGAAAUACAAAUUAAACAUAGUUAAUCAAACUAUGUGAAUGAAACAAAUUGAUGACCCAAACAAAUUUGGGGCCAAACGAUAAGCAACUAACAUUUACCUUAGCCUUUCAUUAUUAAAUGCUGUUUUGUCACCUCUUAGCCAAAAGCAAUCAAAUAAAAUUCUAAAUCUGCCAACGUGAAAUGAA